CGGAACUAAAUUCUCUUGCACACCACAAAUCUUCUCUCGCCUUUUUUUUAUUUCGAUCUUUUAGUGUAUACGCUACGUCUCAAAUUCUUCACCUUAGCAAGUACUAAUCACACAAGUCUAAAUGCAAGAAAAGCAAGUUUUGCUUCAGACAAAGAUGGUGCUCAGAAGAAGAGAAGUAAAAAAGAGUUAUGUUAUGUUCUCUUCAACUUUCUUCUGCAUCUUUUUCCUCUUUCUUUCUCCUGCAAAUCUUACAAACGGUGUUAACUUUGAAGUUCUUACUCUGAUAGAAAUCAAGAAUUCACUGGUUGAUCCUCAAGGAGUUCUAGUGAAUUGGGACAUCGCAUCAGUUGAUCCUUGUAGCUGGAACUUGAUCACUUGCUCUUCUAAUAAUUUUGUCUUAAGCAUAGGAGCUGCAAACCAGAGCUUGUCAGGAACUCUUGCAUCAAGUAUUGGCAAUUUAACAUAUCUUGAGACUGUGCUAUUGCAGAACAAUUACAUUACAGGAAAUAUUCCUCCUGAGAUAGGGAAACUGAUGAAACUGAAAACACUUGAUCUCUCCAACAAUAACUUCACUGGCCAAAUCCCAUCCACUCUUUCUCAUCCCACACAUUUUCAAUACUUGAGGCUGAACAAUAACAGCCUGACAGGAACAAUUCCUACCUCAGUGGCAAACAUGACCCAACUAAUUCUUUUGGAUCUGUCUUACAAUAACUUGAGUGGACCAGUUCCAAGAUUGCUUGCCAAUACAUUCAAUGUAAUGGGCAAUCCUGAGAUUUGUUCAACUGGAACAGAGGAAGACUGCAACAGGAGUCAUCCUAAACCGACCUCACUUACCUUUAGCAGUUCUGGCCCAUCUGAUGGAGGAACAAUAAACCAGAAAUUCGCGGUACAAUUCGGUUUAAGCCUUGCAUGCCUGUUCAUCAUUGGCUUCGGUUUUCACUAAAAUAAAUUUGUAGCUGUAUCAAAAGAUUACAAUAAUAAGGAUGUAAAAACUGUAGUCAGACGUGAAUCUUCGGUAACACAAGCUGUCUGUUGUAAAAUUAUGUAUGUAAUAUUUCUCUGUAAUAACAUAGUUAACUCAUUUUUAACCAAAAAUAAAUAAAUUUGUACACAAGCUGUUUC